UCAGCUCGUACCUUUAUCUCGUACGUUUGGUGAACUGAAUAGACACCGAAAGGUGCAAUAAGGUGGUAGGGUCAAGGAAAACAAACGCAACAAAAUCAAAAACUAUUUAGAUAGAUUAUAACGCCAGAAUGGAAAUGGAAACGGAAACAGCAUCGUCCCGGAGACGUGUAUCUCCGGGGAAAUCGCCAGUUGUGACAGUCGCCGUGAGGGCUUCCAGCGAAAGACGCCAGAAUGCUUUGGUGGGACAACUCGAGCAUCACCGAAACCGUCGGUUGUCACGCAAUGCCUUAAUCAGUGAUAUCGAGGCUCGCAAAAAACGAAGGCGAAUGUCAUUGAUACGCGGGGAUCACGCACAUGGGGAUUCGGAUGGGGCGGAAGACGAGUUGCAAGACCAGCAACAUCAUCCCGGUGCAUGGAGGCAGCCAUUCUCCGUCGCAUCGAAUCAGCAACUGCAGCAGCAUCGCAAUCUUGACGGCAUGAAUGGUGGUCUGAUUACCGACGUGGGGUUGUCGAAUUGUCACCUAGUGCUGUACUCUGGGGAAAUCACUCUUGGAAGUCCUCCAAAUUUGCAGCGCUUUCGGGUGGACUUCGAUACGGCCGGAUCGGACGUGUGGGUUCCCUCCAAGCUAUGCGAUGGCACCUGCUUGAAACAACACCCAAACUGGAACCUGUACGAUCCUUCCAAGUCCUCUACGCACGAGCUGGCAUCAACCGAUUUGGGGCGGAACGAAUUUGCACUCGAAUACCAGGACGGCGAAGCGGUAAGUGAAUCGAAGUACCACCGAUACGGUUUGUUUGGUAUUGGAUUACUCUGUCGGCAGAGGUAACUGCGCCAGAAACCAAUUACGAAGGCAACUGGGGCUCUUCUAUUUUCUUACUAUUUGUCGACUAAACUUUGUACAAUUCUUUUGAACCCCGCAGAUCAAAGGUGAACACGCCAAAGACACCUUGCGGCUGGGCGAUGACGACGUCCGCAUUCCACACCAAGUAUUUGCUCAUGUGACGCACAUCAAGGACUUUGCAACGUGCGACGAAGAAGAGGGUAUUUUGGGGCUAGCGAACGCCAUGACUACCACCCACGGCUUUCAUAGUGUCCUAGGGAAUAUUCUACACCAGUCGCAACAAAAAAAUAACCAUUUGUUGCAGCACAAUAUAUUUGGCAUGUAUUUGCGGGCGGACAUCGACGACUAUGACGGUAUAACCACGAAAAACAAUGAGAAGCCGAAACAAUCGUCGGAACUCACUUUAGGGGGUGUCAAUCAAGAUCAUUAUUUGGGAUGCUUGAAAUGGUAUGACCUACUAGAACGUGAAAACGAUGGCUCAAGGAAUUACGACAACUACUGGGCCGUGACUUUGGACGACGUGAAAGUUGGCGGAGCUACACUCACUAAGGACGAUUCUUCGUCCUCACCAAACAGCGACGAGCUUGUUGCCGUUUUGGAUUCUGGGUCGUCCUACAUUGUUGGGCCCCAGGCACCGGUCGCGCGCCUUGUGCAACUGAAUAAGGCGAAAUGCUUUCGAAUGGAAGUCAACUCAAAUGGCUCAAAUCCCAAAGAAAUUGACUGCAAUGACGCGGGUGGAUUCGACGGGGCCGUUCUCAACAAUUGUGAAGAUCCGUUUUUUAGUGUGGAAUUCAUCAUCGGCGGGGACACUUACGUAUUGGAAAAAGAGGACUUGAUGGUCCAUCUUGAAACCAUGUUUGGAACAGUUUGUAUCUUGCGAAUAGUUGCAUCGCAAGGAAUGAAAGUAAGUACGACUCCUGGCAAUGGAAAACUGAAUGGAAGCACGACUAAGACCAGUGUCCGCCUCGCCAGGACUUCAUUUCGAGCCGAAGCUUAUCAUUCUAACAUUUUCCAUGUUGUGUUCUCUCUCUGAAUUUUUCAAUUCCAGGGAUGGAUUCUCGGAGACGCCUUUCUCAAUAAGUACUACACAGCGUUUGAUUUCGAGAACCAAAAACUGGGCUUGGCGUUAUCUGCGGAGAGCGCCGAUGAUAGGUGCGAGAGAGAUCUUGAUAUGGACGUGACACAUUUCUGGACAUCGAUAUACAGCGAUGAAGAUGAUUACGAUGACGAUGGAUUCCAAGAUACGAAUGACGUCACCAAUGGUAGUCAAGAAACCGAUGACAACGACGACGUCGAUCAACCUCAGGAGGAAGUAGACGAUGAAGACAAUGAAGAUACACAGACGGAUGGAAACAACGAUGUCGACGAGCAAGAACAAUCGGACAACGAUGGAACAAAUUCUGAUGAAGAGCAUGAACUUCCCCCCCUUGAUUCAGAAAGUCUCGAUGACGACUUUUUCGUGGAGGGAGAUGAUGCAAAUGAGGGGGGCGAAGAUAACGAAGACACGUUUGAGCUUCCCCCUCUCCCACCCCAAGACGACUCUGGAAACGAGGAUCCAAACACGAAUACUCAUGGGGCAACUGAUGGGGAGGUCGAUUCGUGGGUAGAUGAAGUCAUUGAGAAGGCGGAUGAAAUGCAAGAUCCCAUCGAUCAAUCCGAGCAAACCGACGAUGGCUCUGGGGACUCCGUAGCCGACGAUUUCAGUAUAGCACAGUUUCCCGAACAGGAAUACCCCCCCACAUUAUCACCAUUUGAUGAGCCUACACCAAAUCCAACGGUUGCUCCACCGGUACAUGUUCCCUCCCACUACGAAGCUCCAAAAGAAGAACAGCUUCCUGAUCUGGCUGGAGAGACUGGCACGGAAGUGACUUCCCAGCUAUCGAACACUUCCUUCCUUUCGUUUGGCGGAAUUGCUGGAAUGAUUGCUGCAACCUUUUUGGUUCUUGCCAUCGUUGCGUUCAUGAUACGCAGACGGCAGAAACCAAGCAAGAAGCAGCAGCAGCAGAUGUUCGAGAAAACCUACAACAAAGCCGAACGAAAGAUGGUCGAUGAACACCGCAACUUGAAUUAUCGCGACCAUUCCUCGUCCAGAUUUCAAGAUGCACUAGAAGAUAUACAUUACGUCGAGGAAUUCCACGACGAGGAAGGGGGAAUAGGUCGAAGCGGUAGCGGUAGUCCGAACAAGUCAGGAAAUGAAGACCAGCCCGAGAAUGAAUUUGUCCUGGAUUCUAAUAUUCUCCAGAGAAUGAAUUAAUUAUAUUACGUUUCAUGCAUGCAAAAUGUCAAUUCGAAACAACAUUGGGCUUCGGUUUCGCUCAAAAAUGGAUGAACGCAGAAAACAAAAUAAAUCUCACAUGGGAUA